AUGGCAAAGGGCUGCUGGACAGAUGUGGGAGGAGGAGGAGGAGGCUGGACAGACGAGAAGAACAACUGGGCCUCGGAUACUUUGUGGUGGUGUCUCGAUGGGAUGCUCCCUGCAAGUCCUGAUCUGGGCUCCUUGGCGCAGCUGUGCCUGCUGAAAGCAGGAGAUCUCAGGAGCCACCUGAGGAGACGGCUCCUGGUGCCUUUAUCCAGGAAGAGCUCUCAGCUUUUUGAUGUCCACACCCACAUCUCUUUGCCUGCUCAGUUCCCAUCUUUAUCUUCUCUGGACUUCAUAAUGCCUCUUCAGUGGUCUACUACUGCUGGACAGAAGAAGAAAGAGACUCCUUUUCCUAAUUGUCCCAUCAGGUUCCUGCGGCAAUCAGAGCUCCCAGGUCCUCCACUGGGGGACAGCAGGCCCGCACUGACCGCUUCCCGCCCCGCAGGUGUGAAGACCCCCUUAUGGAAGAAGGAACCGGACACCCGGGCCAGGAAGGCGGAGCGCGAGGAAGACCUGGAGGGUUCGGGGGAGGAAGAGGAGGAGGAGGAAGAGGAGGAGGAGGAGGAGGAGGAGGAGCAGAGGCCUAGCGCGCAGGGUGCCUCGCAGGACGAAGCGGGGGCGCGCGGGUCGGGGACGCGCGGGUCCGGGGCGCGCGAGGCGGGGGCGCGCGAGGCCCGCGAGCGCAGCUCGGUGUCCUACUGCCCGCUGCGCCAGGAGCCCAGCACCCAGCAGGCGGCGCUGCAGCGGCGCACGGACCUCGGCUUCUGGAGCUGGCUCAGCCCCUUGGCGCUGCUCGCUAGCCUGGCGGCCCCCGCCGACAGGAAGCGGAGCCCCCCGGAGGAGCCAUGCGUGCUGGAGACGCGGCGGGGGCGGCCGCGCCACGGGGGCUGCGCGCGCUGCGAGAUCCUGUUUUGCAAGAAAUGCCAGUGUCUGCACUGCCAUCCGGCCUAUAUAGCUCACUGUGUCCUGGAGCACCGCGAUCUGGGUAAGGUGGAGACCCCCCCCCACCCCCGGCUAGGGGAGGUCUCAGUACCCCCACUUCGACCUUUGUGCCCUCUAUGCUUGCCUGCCACCAGUCUCCCCAAACUUCUUUCCCCACUCCCCCUGACAUGGAGCACUUUCCAGCAUCGCCAAGACACUUGCCACCACCACUCCCCCUCGGGGAGCCCAGCAUUACGUAGAAUCCCACUUCUUCCUCCGAGGACUCUCAAGUCCCUUCCGCUCACCUGAUCCGUGUCCCCAACACAAGCGCACCUGAAUCUCUUCCAGGUCCUCCGGGCAGAAGACA